GAGCAGGACUGCAGAUCUGUAGCUGAGGUCAUGAAGCCUCAAGAGGCAGAACUUGUCACAGAAAUCUCCAAGUUACAGUGCAUGGUGUCGGAGCUGAAGACGGGCUUCAGUGGCGCCCUGCUGGAACUCAGUCACAUCCAGCAUGGAGACAUGUACCUCAGGGAGGAGAUGGAGGAGAACAGGAGGAGCUGUCAGAAAAAAGCACUUCAUAUGGAUGCACUAGUUGAAUCCCUGAAGGAGGAACUUGGGGUGAUGCGAUGCCAAAUUGUGCAGCUUUACAAAAACACACAGAAACCUCAGCCGAUCGGAAAGAGCUCUACGUUGAAGCAGCAAAGAAGUGAGCCAGCAGAAGCAGGCGGUGCUGCUCCUCCGGCCGGGCUGUCCAGAGGAAAACUGCUCCUCCACUGUUUCCUGCAGGGCCUCAAAGCAGGACUGAGUGAAGGCAUAGAUGCACGACAUCAAGUGGCGAUGCAGCUUCUCCAUUCCGAGUGGGAAUAUGUAUCAACUUUGAACCAGCUAUAUGACAAAUACAAGACUCCACCAGUUCACCAGAUGAGCCUAGAGCCAUACCAGACUUACCAGAAGAUUGUGGAGCAGCUGUUGCAGCGACACUUACUGUUCAGAAACACUCUGCAGGAGCGAUUAUCUGCUGAACACUGGAAAUCACUGGUUGGAGACAUCCUGGUGCAGCUUAUUGGACAAAACGAUACAGCUUUUUCAGAGAUGUAUCUUGGCUACACGACUACAUUGGCAUCUUUCCUCUCACUGGAGUUUAACAGACUGAGCGAUCUUGAGGAAACUCCCAACAUCCAGAGUGGACAGAUGGAGACGGAGGAAAUGAAACUUCUCUCCCUGCUGUUGGCACCUGUCUCUCGUAUUCACAGCUACCUGAGUCACAUCCAGAACCUGUUGCAGUGGACGGGCAAGGAGCAUCCUGACUGCAGCCUCCUGCUGGGCUCUGAGAAAGCCCUGAGGAGCGUUCUAUCUCGGUGCCAUGUGAUCCUGGAUGAAGAUGUCCAAUGGGAGGCAGGAGCUGGACAAAAACCGUCUGCAAACUGCUGCACGAGCUCCCAACAAACCGGAGAGGCUCUGCCCCGCAGAGAGGAAGCUGACCCUAAAACUCAGAGAGAUGACCAGCAGCCCUCCAGCCUCACUAAUGGGGCUGAAGGCUGCCUGUCUCUGCGUGUGGAGUGUUGGUCUUGCAGCCCAGUGAGAAGAAAGGCCCUCGAAAGAGGAGACCGAGCCCUUCUGAGCCAGCCGGCCCAUGACUGCAGCCACCCCUGCUGCUCCCUCCUCAGUCCAGACACUCCAGGAUGGGGAGAGACCAGCGACUCAGGCCAGGGAACCUUCAGCCAACCCACCGGGAAAAGCACAACUGAUCUGGAGGCACUGCACAUCAACCGCGAGGACUGUGAGACGGAUCCUGAUGACACGUCUGCCUUCGAUUACUCCUCUGUCACCUCGUGCAGUCCCGAGGGCACGCUGUGCAGGGAGAUGAUCGGCAGCAUCAGUGAGGAGGAAGAGGAGGACAGCCAGGUGCCAGUACUCCUUAAACCCUCAUAUAGCCAGCAGCCAUCAUCAGAGCCACCCAGAGAGAGAAUGGUGUGUCUCAGGUGGCAGAUCCCCAGACUGACCCCACACCCUCCUCUGAAGAACACUGCAGGGCCGUGCACAGAUGUGACACCAUGUGCAAUCGGCUCCUAUGGGAAGCGGGUGGUCAGUGUCAGGAAAGGCUCGCCUCCUCUGCAUCCUAAAAGUGCCUUCAGGCCCAUCUGGGACGACCCGUCCAAACAGGUAGAGAAGGACAACAGACAAGGAUUCAUCCCAGUUCAAACACCAGCACAGCCAAACUUCCACAGCUUCAACCAGAACAGAGAAAAUCUCAGAUCAGGAGUGGCACCACAGCGAAGCAGUCACGCUGCUGUAUGCAAAAGUGGAUUGUGGGAUGAUAGUGAAGACAGCGAGGGACCCUGCAGCACCGUGUGACUCCUGCAGUCAACCACCAGCCAGGAGACACUUUUAACCAGAAAUGAGUCACAACUUAAAAAAAAAAAAGAGUCACAUCUAUGUUGAAU